AAGCCAUUCUUGCUCAAACCUUUGGUCGGGGCCGCACGUUUCUCUUCCUGUUUGAGUGCUUCGCGACAAUGGUGCACACCCAGACAGAAGAGUGCCAGCUCUCACCAGCGGCUACGUCCAUCCUCUUCAAACUCUCCACCAAGCUUUCGCAAGAGGACUUCGUGGUGGCCUUGCAUCGCCUUUGUGGUUAUCAUGCAAACCAGCGGCCUUAUAACUUCAUCCAUCUCCCCUGGAAGCAACUGGCCGUGGUGAAUUUCACCAGCCACGAAGCUUGCGACUUUUGCUUUCGUGUGAUGAAGUGCCUCUCAGGGGCCCCGGGCGUGCCAGUGUCCGAUGUGCGUGAAGGUUUGCAUCAAGGGCUCCAGGUGAACUUGGCCCAUUUCUGUGCCAAGUGCUGCCAAAUGAGCAGCUACGAAAAUCUCCCAUUGGUCUUCCUGAACAAUGAGGAGAUCCCAUUGACCUUGGCAUGCCAAACUUUCGUCACGGAUGAGAUUCUUUUGGAGUUCCUGGAACAGCUUCCGGGCUCGAUGACGCGGAAGGUGAAGGGCAAGGCUCCCACCUCCAAGGCACCGAAAGCCAAGCGCAUCAGCCCUUGCAGCACUCCCCCCGGCCUCCAGCCGCUGACUCCUCCGUUGACCCCUCCAAUGCCCCCUUCAGAGAUGGACGCCCGCUUUCUCAUGCCCAAGUUCGAACUUCGAGGAUCCGACAUCGUCUUUCAGCUCUGAGUGUUGGAUGUCGCGGCGCGGCUCCAGGACGGAUCGAUUUCAACGAGAAGGAUCGAUUUCAACACAAAUCCCAAGCUUGGAAGCCUGUCAUACAUCUCAAGUGCAGAAACUAUAG